AUGGUCCCAGACACAGAUUUUGGAGUUGACGAAAGGAAACUUGUGCGCAAGCUUGACUUGCAUCUUGUGCCUCUUGUCAUGUUACUAUACACAUUCAGCUUCUUGGAUCGUGUAAACAUCGGUAAUGCACGACUUUAUGGUCUGGAGGAAGACCUAGGUCUUACACCUAAACAAUUUCAGAUAGCUGUUUCGAUCGUUUUCGUCACAUACAUCAUCUUCGAAUUGCCUUCAAAUCUAGUGCUCAAGCCAAUUGGACCACAGCGUUGGAUCGCAUUCAUUGCGUUUGUUUGGGGAAUCUUGGCGUUGGCUACCGGUUUUGUGCAUAAUUUUGGCAGUCUCGUCGCAUUGCGUGUACUGCUAGGUGCGUUCGAAGCCGGCCUGUUCCCAGCACUCAAUGUAUACCUCACCUUUUUCUACACGAAGCGCGAGCUCGCGUUGCGUGUCGGUUAUCUCUUCGUUAGCGCAGCUAUUGCCGGCGCACUUGGUGGCCUGCUCGCUUACGGUAUCGGGCACCUGGACGGUGCACGUGGUAUGAGUGGCUGGCGAUGGAUCAUGAUUCUCGAAGGCAUUCCUACCAUUGUGCUAGGUGUCUUAACUCUAUUCUUGCUGCCGAACGAUCCAGAGCAUGCAUACUUCUUGAAUGACAACGAGAAGAAGCUCAUGACUGCGAGACAACAACGUCAAUAUGGACAUACAGCGAGCGCGCAGAAGUUCAGCGAGCAGGAUAUGAGGAAAGCAUUCAAAGAUUGGCGAGUAUGGGUCUUCUGCGUUGGGCAGUUUGGAAGCGAUACGAUGCUUUACAGCUUCUCCGUCUUUCUUCCUACCAUUAUUCAGGGUCUGGGCUCCUGGUCUAGAGCAGAGAUUCAACUUCUCACAAUCCCUUGUUACGCUCUUGGGGCCGUUUCAUAUAUGACCAUCGCCUAUAUUUCUGACCGCAAACAGAUGCGAGCCAUUUUCUGUGUAAUCUGGGGCAAUAUCAGCAUCAUCGGCUAUGGGAUCUUGUUGUCAGACACGUCAGCAGGCGUGCAUUAUUUUGCCUGCUUCUUGAUUGCAACGGGACUUUAUGUCUUGGUUGGGUUGCCACUAGCCUGGCUUCCAAAUAACAGCCCACGAUAUGGCAAGCGCACGACUGCUAGCGGUUUACAGCUCACUAUUGGUAACAGCAGCGGAAUCAUGGCGUCUUUCAUCUAUGCGAGCAGCGAUCAGCCCAGGUACAUUAAGGGCAACAGUGUAGCAUUGUCGCUAGUCGGCCUCGCAGUACUGGCCUUUGGUCUUCUCUGGUUCUCGUAUGCGCGAGAGAACAAACGACGUGACCAAGGAAUAAUGAAGCCCGAGCAUGUCGAUCUGAAUGAAGAAGAGCUCGCCGAGCUCGGAGACGAGAGCCCCAGCUCUAUGAGCAUAUACAGUUUCCUCAUCGCCGUCCGAUCCGAUGGCCAGCAGCUGAUGAACGAGUCGGGCGACACCACCUCCCACCUUAUGGGCAUGUUCUAUCGUACCCUCCGCAUGGUCGACAACGGCAUAAAACCCCUUUAUGUCUUCGAUGGCGCCCCCCCCAAGCUCAAGUCUGGAGAGCUCGCGAAACGUUUCCAGCGUAAAGCUGAGGCAAACGAGGAUCUCGAGGAAGCCAAGGAGACAGGAACUGCUGAAGAUGUGGAGAAGUUCUCUCGACGAACCGUUCGAGUUACCAGAGAGCAUAAUGUCGAGUGUCAGCAGCUCUUGAAGCUGAUGGGCAUUCCCUACAUUGUCGCCCCCACCGAGGCUGAGGCCCAGUGUGCCGUGCUUGCCAGGGCCGGCAAGGUCUAUGCCGCGGCCAGUGAGGACAUGGACACUCUCUGUUUCGACAGCCCUAUCCUGCUUCGACACUUGACAUUUAGCGAACAACGAAAGGAACCCAUUCAAGAGAUAUCGGUAGACAGAGCCCUUGAGGGGCUACGGAUGGAUCGCAAACAAUUUGUAGAUCUCUGCAUCCUGCUUGGGUGCGAUUACCUAGAUCCCAUUUCCAAGAUCGGUCCCUCGACCGCCCUAAAACUUAUCCGCGAACAUGGUACGCUCGAGAAAGUGGUGGAAUUCAUCAACAACGAUCCUAAGCACAAGUACACAGUGCCUGAUGACUGGCCUUUCGCCGAUGCGCGAACGCUAUUCUUUGAGCCUGACGUGCGGAAAGCGGAUGACCCGCUAUGCGACUUCAAGUGGGACAAGCCCGACACCGAGGGUCUAGUCAAAUUCCUAUGUACCGAUAAAGGAUUUAACGAGGAUCGCGUCCGCGCAGGCGCCGCCAGAUUGGAGAAGGGCAGUAAGAGUUCACAACAAGCCCGACUGGAGGGCUUCUUCAAACCCAUCCCCAAGACAGACCAGGAAAAAGCUGCACUGAAGCGAAAGCAUGAGGAGCAGAAUGAAGCGAAGAAGAAGAAGAUCAAAGAAGAGAAGAAAGAGAAGGCUAAAGCCAAAGGCCGACCCAGAAGUGCAGCAUAG